GUACCUAGUUUUGGCAGUGAAGUUUCUGUGGUAUUUCGGUAUUGGCGUAUUUGGUUUUCUUGUCGAACUUUGUUUUUUAUAUUACUCACCUGCUUCAUCGGACUUACAAUGUCGGAUGAGGUAGAAAAAGCCCAAACCGCAAGUGGUGGCGGAGACACCAUCUUUGGGAAAAUACUUCGGAAGGAGAUCCCAUGCAAUCUGAUUUAUGAGGAUGACAAGUGCAUCGCUUUUCAUGACGUCAACCCUCAAGCUCCAACGCAUUUCUUGGUAAUUCCCCGGAAGCCUAUUGCUCAGCUGUCUUUAGCCGAAGAUAGUGAUGAACAAUUAUUGGGACAUCUUUUGAUUGUUGGACGGAAAGUGGCCAAGGACUUAGGAUUAGGAAAUGGAUAUCGAGUAGUUAUCAACGAAGGGAAGAAUGGAGCCCAAUCUGUGUAUCAUUUGCAUCUUCACUUCCUUGGUGGACGCCAAAUGAAGUGGCCACCAGGCUAAGCAGGUCUUAAAAUAUUGAAGCAGCGCAUUUCUGAAAUAAAGAUGAUGAGUUUAAAU